AUGUAGUCCUGGUUUAAUCUUAGUUUAGUCUUGGUUUAAUCUUAGUUUAUGACCUGUCAGAGUACCAUCUCCUGGUGCACGGUGUCGGAGCAGGAGCAGAGUAAAUGUAACGCCAUGUCUCAGAAGUUCUCCGAGGCGUCCAUCCGCCCCACGCUCAAGUGCGUCUCCGGACAAAAGACGGACGUCUGCGUGAGCAAACUACAGAGUAAACAGGUGGAUGCCCUGUCCAUGGACGCAGCGGACAUCUACAGACUGGGAAAGAUCGCCUCCUUCAAGAUGGCUGCCAGUGAGACCAAACAAGAUGGUACCGGUGCGGUGUAUUACGCAGUAGCUGUGGUGAAGCGCUCUAACCCGGGGCUGACAGUGAACUCGCUGAAGGGGAAGAAGAGCUGUCACACGGGGAAGGGUCGGACCGCCGGUUGGACCAUGCCCCUGGGCUUCCUCACAGACACAGGGCGCAUGUCUGUCAUGGGCUGCAACUUCGCAAAUGGUUUGUCGGACUUCUUCAGUGCCAGUUGUGUCCCUGGAGCCAAUGCACAGGGUGACCCUGAGUCUCUGUGCACACUGUGCCGCGGAAACGCUGAUGGACUGUACAAGUGUGACCUGAGUGAACAAGAACGCUACUUCAGCUACAGCGGCGCCUUCAGGUGUCUGGUGGAGGAUGCAGGAGAAGUAGCUUUUGUUACACAUACUACAGUUACGGACAACACAGACAACAAAGGUCCAGAGUGGGCGGCAGGGCUGAAGUCUUCAGAUUAUCAGCUGCUGUGCCCGGAUGGUCGCAGAGCUCUUGUGUCCGAGUGGAAGAGCUGUCACCUGGUCCGGGUUCCCUUCAGAGGUGUGGUGGUCCGUGAUGAUCUCGACCCCUCUAUGGUCUACAACAUGCUCCGUGAGGGGCUGGAGAAGUCUGGUUUUGACUUGUUCUCCUCAUCUGCAUACGGAGGAGGGACUGUGCUGUUUUCUGACCAGACCACAGACCUGCUCCCUGCUCAGACUGAAGUGCCUGUGGCCUGGAUGGGACUCUCGUACUACAACGCCAUGAAGGCCAUGGACUGCUCUUCCCCCGAUAUUCCAGACCAGCUGAGGUGGUGUGUGCUUUCCGGCUCCGAGCAGCAGAAGUGUGCGGAUAUGGGAGCGGCUUUCAUCGGGAAAAAACUGACCCCUCGUCUCACCUGUUUACAUGGAAACUCACUCGACGACUGCAUGAACAAGAUCAAGAAUAAAGAGGCAGAUGCCAUCACACUGGACGGAGGGCACGUCUACACUGCAGGAAAAGACUAUGGACUGGUGCCUGCUACUGGAGAGACCUACUCAGAUGACACUGAUGGGUCCAUCUACUACGCCGUUGCCGUGGUGAAGAAGAGCAGCACUGACAGUAACCUUGACGACCUGCGAAACCGGCGCUCCUGUCACACGGGAUAUGGACGUACGGCCGGCUGGAACAUCCCUGUGUCUGCUCUGAUAGAGAGAGGCCUCAUCUCCGCUCAGCAGUGCCACAUACCCCAAGCGGUGAGUGAUUUCUUCUCUAAGAGCUGUGUCCCAGGGGCCAAUCAGAAGGGCCUCCCCAGCAGCCUGUGUGAUCUGUGUGUGGGAGACCAGAGCGGCCACAACAAGUGUGAGAAGGGGAAAGACCUUUACGACGGAUACGGCGGGGCGUUCAGGUGUCUGGCGAAGGGAGACGGAGAAGUAGCUUUUGUUAAACACACAACAGUUUUCCAGUACACAGAUGGUAACUCCAAUGAGUCUUGGGCCUCAGACCUGCGCUCCUCGGACUUCCAGCUGCUCUGCACUCAAAACACCAAAGCAGAAGUGACUCAGUUUAAAUACUGCAACCUGGCCCGAGUCCCCUCCCACUCCGUGAUGGUCCGACCUGACACCAGCGUGCACAGUGUUUAUGGGCUGUUGGACUACGCUCAGAAAUACUUUGGCAGCGAUACGAACCCCGAUUUUAAGAUGUUCGACUCAAAAGCCUACGGCUCCUCAGACCUGAUGUUCAAAGACUCCACGGUACGUUUAGUGGCAGUGGGAGAAAGGAAAACCUACCAGGAUUGGCUGGGACAGGAAUAUAUGGACUCACUCCAAGACAUGGAAUGCAACUCCUCCAGUGCAGCUAUGUCGUCCGUGUGGCUGCUGCUGCUGGCUCUGCUCGUCACUGGAAUCUGCAACAAGAUGUAACCUUCGGAGAUCCUCCUCAAAUCUGCAACCACCGACAUCUGUACCUCACCUCAUCUUUAACUUCAAAAUCAUCAGAACACACAAUAAUUUUAAUGAUUCACAACGUUAUCUGGCGUAAUUUAUUCUGAUAAACAAUGCAGUGUUUCCCUUUAAUACAGGAGACUACGGUGGUCCUCCCAUAGUCUAAAACGACAAAUCUAAAAAUGACAAAUUAUACUUUUUACUUGUUAUAUUAUCAAAAUCAUACAAAAGUAACUUGAAUUUAUCUUAUUAUUAUGUAGUAUUUAACGUGACAGACCCAAUUUUGUACUGUUUCCACAGAGCUGAUUUGAGGUGAGCAAGCUUUCAAGCUUUUAAAUUUGUUUUUCCGAAAGUCUAUGGGAAAAACAAAUGGGAAUGAAGAGGUGGGCGAUGACUGUUGAGCUUCACAUUAUUCAAAUAACGGUUGUUUGUGCCACCAUAAUCUCAGUCCCUGGGAAACACUGCAUUGUAAAUAAUUCCUGGUCGGUUUGGGUGAAUUUGAAGUGGAGAGUUGUGGAUUUUUUUUUGUUUACAGACAGCGGGCAGCCAUAUCAGUGCGUAUGCUCCCGCUUGUUACAUUUUCCUCACGUCCGCUUCAACUUAAACUGACUUCAUAACCGGAAUUAGUUUUAUCCUACAGGUGCAUUAUGUAACUUCAAAGGUGGAGGGUCCGCUUCUUGCUUGUCUGGAAUGUUCUCUCCAAUUACAGGCGUUUUAUAGCUCAAAAUCCCCUUAAAAAACAUGAAUUCUUAACAUGCAUAGGCUUGCUUCUCCAUAGAUCUGACCGUUAACCUGUCUCCAUUGAGAUUACCAAGUUUAUUUCCACACUAUAGAAUAAUCAUGGCAAAAUGGUGGACCCUCCACCAGAAACGUUACACAGUCACCUUUAAAAAUGCAUCAUAAAAAAAUCCGUUUAUGUAAUACUAAGCUGCGUGCACAAUGGCAGAGUGGUUAACCCUCCUCUACAUUACUACGUUAGACCCCAUCCACAUUUUAAAGAUCGCUUCUGAUACUUUGCACCUCAUGCCGUCAACAUUCCUCGAGGGUGUGAUGCUAACUGGUGGCACUGCUCUGUCUGAGGCUCUGUUACUCAAGUUAGACUUUAAUCUGAGCUUUGUUUUGACACAGUCUGACCAUAAAGAGCUGACUUGACUAGAACUACAGCAGGCGAGCUUAUUUUGUGCUGUAAAACAAGUCCCUCUCAAAUAACAUCACAGUCGCAAUCUAGCUUGCGUUUGCCAACAGUUUUUCAGUUAGUCACUCUUAUCUUUUUGUUGAAAAUCAAACUCCAUGAACGCUCGUAGUGAUCACAGGCUCCUGAAAAUGUGCUCUUUAAAUCCAUUUGUUUUGUUGUUUUUUUCUUGAGUUUUCAGACUAUCUUAAAACUUACAGCUCAUAACUAAUGUGAGCAUUGUGUCACCAUGGUAACAGAUGAACAUUCCACCAUAGACAUACAUGCACUCCCCCUCAGUGUGAUAUCACUGCAAAGUAUCAGUAAUGCAGUUCUAGUAAAGCAAUACCCUAUCUUCUAACCUAUUUUUCCACAUUUGCCAAAAAACUUUAAAAUCCAACCAUUAUUUCCUUCAUAGAAAGUUGAGGUUCCAAGUAUUACAGUUUCAUAGUUUCUAAUACAGUAGUGAUUACAGUGUGGUGCUGGCUGGCCGACCACAUUGGACAUUACUACUCUUUAGAAACCAUUUAAACCAAAUUAACACAUUUAAAACACAGCUUGUGCCAGAAUUGUUCAGCGCGGAAGCCUACACAUUUUCCAACCAGACAUUCAGCUGAGAUUUGAGGCGAAUUCUUGUCAUUUCUUUCAAAGAAUCAAUACGACGUUAAUGUAUUGUAAUGCAGUUUUCUUAUGAUUUAAAGGUGCACUGUGUAACUUUUCUGGUGGAGGGUCUGCCACCUGCUUGUUUCUAUGGAGCGGUCAUUGCUCUGCCUGGAACGUUCCACAGUAUGACAUUAAACAACUCUACUUUACAUUUAUACAAUAACAGAAAAACAGACAUUCUGACUGUGAGUGGGUUCCCCUCUCCACAGAUCUGAUCUGUAACUUGGUCUAGUUUGAUCUCCAUGAAGAUAGAAAGGUUUAAUAUUACACUGUGAAACAUUAUAAACAAAGCAAUAACAUUUUCAUGGAGAAAAGCAGGUGACAUUCCCUCCAUCAGAAAAGAUAUUCAACGCAUCUUUAAGUAACGUGAGUGAUUUGACUUUAAAACUUGAUUAUGUGCAUCUUUUCCAUGUUAAGAGAUACUAUAUUUUUAUAUGAAGUUCAGCUGCCAUAUCAGUGUAUAUGUACUGACUCAUUCUGUCAGAGAUCAAUGCCUUCUCUGUUUCUUUUUUGAAAUGAUUUGAUCUGACUAAUAUUUAGUUGCCAGGCCAGUGCGUCUGCAAAAGUAUUAUGGAAACUACUGUGAGCUCUUUGAAAUAAAUAUAU